UUACAGUACACUAAGGCUUUGCAGUUGUAAUUUUUACACAAAGCAUGGUAAUAAUGUUUGCUCCACUUUUUCAACAGUCCGACAGACCAGCCGGCCAGACAGGCCUCAGACAACUCAGGAUGAUGCUGGGAUUGCAGGUUCUGCUUCUGUAAGCCGACCUCCUGUAAGGCGCCCAUCACAGGGCUCGGGCCACUUACCCAGGAGGCCAAGUAAGACACGGCGUCUUGGCACGGAAUCUGCGGCUCCAUCUUCCCCACCCAGGCGGCGCAUUUCUGCAGUGUCACCCCAGCCACCACUGGCACUAUUGGCGAGUCCACAGAGUGAUGAGCCCCGAUCACCUCAGUUAUCUGAGCCCAGCUUGAUGGCCGACGUGGACCAGCAGGGACAAGACCAACAGGCAACCAUCACACCGCAACUAACACCUGUUGACCCGAGCCAGCCAAUACAGCUGCAGGAUAUCCCCCAAGCCUCCAUGAGUCCACAACUGGCACAAGCUCCACCCCAAACACAAAUACCAGAUGACUUUUGGGCCAGUUGGACAAGCCAACAGGCCCAAAGCAAUGCCAGCCUGACCGCACAUACCCAACACCUUGCCAGUCUGCCCCAUCAUCUACCGCGCAUUAGUCGCAACUCGGGCAGACUGAUUGUACAAGUAGGCCGAAUCGCAACAUCGAUGGAGCAAAUAAGGGCUGACAACAACCAAAUGCUGGCUCAUUUAACGCGCAUCAUUGAUGAGCAACAGCGCCAUCAGCAGGCACUCGUUCAACUCAUUCAGCACAACCAGGUUGUGAAUGAGUCGUUAUCCAGGAUUGUAGCCAGCCACACUGCAACCAACACACAACUGAAUGCUAGCAUUAAUAAUUUGAGCAACAACAUAACAUUGAUGGCAGCUCAACAAGUGACCUCCAGCUCUGGGACCACGACCCCUAUCCAAACGCCAGUAACCUCCCCUGUUCGGCGUUCCUCCAGAGCACGUGCCAGUGAGCCAGCACAAAGCACAGCACCCAGCACACACAAGCGAAAAAAAUAACAAUUUUGACAAAUGUUAUUUAAACAAUAAAAAUUUGGAUUUGACAAACACACAACUUCCUGUGUCCGUCUCAAACAUUGUUGAAGCUGCUAUGUAUGUAUGUAUGUUUUUCAUGGGUAAUGACUGAAAAGGUAUUUAUAACAUAAACUAAGUACAAUGUACACACCACUAUAAACAACAAACAGUAAGUAACAA